AUGUCGCAGCCGCUCAACACAGAGCCUCUCUCGGGCAAGCUCACCGACGCCUACAUCACGCCCAACCAGCUCGUCUUCAACCGCAACCAUGAAUCCGCCCUGCCUGCCAGUGUCGAGCAAGUCACUACUAGUAGCUGGGGCAGUGCCGAAAGCUGGACCUUGACGGUAUCGGCCUACGGCACGGACAACAGGCAUACUGGCUCUCUCUCUGGCUCGCCGCGUGUGCUCUCACUCGAGCAGCUCCAGCGUCAAUUCGCACUCUCCCACGUGGUCGCUACACUCGAGUGUGCCGGCAACAGACGCUCCGAGCUGGCCGACUCGCAUCCUGAACCUGAGGGGAUCCAGUGGGGCAAUGCGGUGAUAGCCAACGUCAUCUGGGGCGGCGCCUCCCUCCGCGCGGUGCUCCUCGCAGCGGGUGUAGCAGAUCCCUUUGCACACCACACCUCCGAGCAGCAGAGUGCAUUAGAGCCAUCCGAGCAGUCGAGCUCGUCGCAGGCUGCCGAGUGGGCAAGAUCGCUGCAUCUGCACCUGCUCAGUGCGCAAAAGAGCAAGUCAAACGAUGCCGAGCAAGCCCAAUUCGCCGCGUCCAUCCCGCUCACCACCGCCAUGCACCCCAACCAGUCCUGCCUGCUAGCGUACGAGUACAACCACCACCCACUCACACCGAGACACGGCGCGCCGCUUCGGGCCGUCGUCCCCGGGCAUGUGGGUGCGCGAUGGGUAAAGUGGCUCUCCGCACUCAAAAUUUCGUCGUCUCCAAGCGACUCUCCCCCCAUGCGUGAGGACUACAAGCUUCUAACGCCUCGCACGGGGCAAGAGGGCGAGAAGGAGUACGCGGACAAGGCGCAGGAUGGCGACUUUCGCACUCGCGAGCUCGACAAGAAGCAGCCGAUCCAGCGGCUCGAGGCGAGUUGUGCCAUCACUCAGCCUGCGCACGAUGCCGAGCUGCUCGACCAAGCCGACGGCAAGGCAGCUGUAAAGGGUUAUGCUGUCGGCCAGGACGGAUCGCCGGCAACCAACGUCUGGGUCGCACUCGUUGCUGAUCCAGGCAAAGAUACCGAGACGGACGGGCUGCUUCGCAACCUGCCCGACGAUCUGCAUUGGCACCACGCCUCAAUUCUCCAUCAAGACGCUGCGGAUCCAUCGCAAACAGGCUGGAGCUGGGCAUGGACGCUGUGGCACGUCCAAAUGCCCGUUCCAAGCGACGUCACGAGCUACGCAAUCAUUGCGAGAUGCAGCACAGCGGCUGGAGUGGAGCAGCCCAAGAUCUCGCCCUGGAACCUGCGCGGCUUUUGCAACCGCUCCUGGUCUGUCGUCCGACACGUCUCCGUCCCACACACAUAG